UUUUUCUGGACUCUUAUAGAAUUGUUCAUGUUGUGCCACUGGAUAUUAUUGAUGAUAUUGAAUUUGUUGGAGGGAAGUGGUUCAGAACACAAAUAUGACAAGUCCAUCUUCAAAUCCUGACUAUGACGAUCAAUACUGUGAAGCACUGUACACUCGACGAGCCGGAAGAAGUCGAUGCUCACGUGAACCUGACACUCGCUGGGAUACUCCCAGCAAUGCAUCUUGGAAGUCUGACUUUAAUCGGGAUCGAGAUUCAAAGCGAGAAAAGGAGGAAUCUCGCCGAUUCAGCAGAGCAGCAUCUGAUGAUGAUGUUACUGUGUACUCCAUGUCUCCUGCCAGCAUUGGUGAGAGCAAUGGUCAAGUAUUGCCGGGAACUGUUCCUCUCUCCCAAAAUCGUCCCUUGCCAGAAGACCCAAAUGUGAAAGAUGUGAAGGAGAUCAUCUUCUGUGAAAGCUGCACCCUUUUCCCACCUAGUCCCAAUGCUCCACCUCCUCAUACCAGGGAGAGACCACCUGGGUGCAGGACAGUCUUUGUUGGAGGCUUGCCCGAGAAUGUCACAGAGGGCAUUCUUGGGGAGAUCUUCAAUCGCUGUGGACCCAUCUCCAGGAUUCGCAUGAGCAAGAAGAAUUUCUGUCAUAUACGGUUUGAAACUGAGGAUUGUGUUGAUCGAGCCUUAUACCUCUCAGGAUAUAAGGUGCGAAUGGGGACUGGAUCAGGACCUGAGAGCAGUGGCAGGCUGCAUGUAGACUAUGCAGAAGCCAGGGAUGACCAGUAUGAGUUUGAAUGCCGUCAACGUCAGUUGCAGCGGGAACUACGCCACAGAGAACAGCUGGAACGCAAUGUUGUGUCUCCUCCUGCAGUGGUGCACUUCACAGAGAGUGAAGCUCAGAGUAUCUCUGAAAAACUCAAAGAUGAUUCUACAUUCCUAAUGGCAGUGAGAAUACUAGUCACAUGGCUGGAUCGGGGUGACUGCAGCAAGCGCAAUGUGGGGGUCUUCUAUUCCAUGAUCCAGGCAACCAAUUCUCAUGUCAGGCGACUAGUCAAUGAAAAGACCAGGCAUGAAGAGGAGCUCCGUGUUGUCAAGGAACAAAUUCAUCAGCAAAUGCAGGGCAUUCUAAUCCAAUUCGGUCAGAUAGAGAAAGUGUUUGAGGCUGCGUGUCGGCAGAAGGUUUGGGACCACUUCACCAAGGCACAGCGCAAGAACAUUGACCAAUGGAAGAAGCAGGCUGCUGACAUAAAGGAUGUGCAACUCCAGACUGCAUUGAAGGAGAGGGGAGAGGAAGAAAUGGAAGUGUCUGAUUCAGAUGAUGAAGCUCCAAAAAAGAAGGCCAAACAUGACAGUGAUAUGGAUCUAGAAGAACUGGAUCGACUCAAGGAGGAGAAUGAGAGCUUGAAACAGAAGGUAGAGGCUUAUGAGAAUGAGCUGGAGAUCUUGAAAGCCGACUUCCAGACAGAUAUGAAUCAGAAGGAAAGUCAGCUUCAGAUUUUGCAAGAGACCCUGAAGAAUGUGCAGCAGCAAUUGCUGGAGAGCCGGUUGAAGGAGCAAGCUGAUGAGAAGUGGAUUGCUGAUGUCCAGGGAGACAAGAGAGAGGAGGGAAACACAGUUGAUGACAGGAACAAGAAGUCACUUGGAGAAAAGAAUGAGAAAUCUUAUAAGGACCUCCCACCAGACACAGUGAUUCUCACACAUCAGGAGAUCAGGGUCAUUGGUGUGGUGUCCACAUUUCUGCACAUCCAUCCAUGGGGUGCAUCGACAGACUACAUUCUCUCCUACCUCCAAUGCAUGGAUCUUGGGAUGAAAGCUGGAGAUCUGGAAAUCCUAUUGGGAAAAUUCCCAAGCUUGUUUGUUCAGGAAUAUUCUGGGAUCGGUGCAUCCAUUGAGCGGAAGUGGAAAUAUCUAGGUUAUCCUACGUGAUUGCCUUCUUUCCCGUUUUUUGUUUGUAGCUCUUGCCC